ACACGCUCGACCUCUAGAAUUCUACCUUCUACCAAGGCCCUUCUUCGUCCCACAACAAAAGCUACACACUCCGUGAUCCCCAGCCGGCUCUUUGCAACCCCGCGAAUUCACGCUUUACGAAACGUUCCUGUCAGAACCAUGUCUCUCAUUCCACGCUGGCCUGAGCGAGAAUUCAGCUCCCUUUUCCGUCUCCUCGAUGACUACACUGACCACGUCGCCUCUCGCAAUACACCCACGGGAGUGAGAUCGUUCGCUCCUCGAUUUGACGUCCGCGAGACAAAGGAAGCAUACCACCUGGACGGUGAACUGCCCGGAAUCUCUCAGAAGGAUGUAGACAUCGAAUUCACCGACUCUCACACGCUGGUCAUAAAGGGAAAGACGGAGCGCGAGUACAGCUCUCCCAAUGCCGAUGAAGGGGACAAGAAAGCGGAUCACCGAUACUGGGUCAGCGAACGGUCGAUUGGCGAGUUCCACCGGACAUUCACGUUCCCAACGCGUGUCGACCAGGAUCGUGUCAAGGCAAGCCUGAAGGAUGGAGUGUUGUCCAUUGAGGUCCCGAAGGCAGCACCGGCAGCGGCGAAGAAGAUCACAGUGACCUAAAGUUCCUGCUGCUGAGGGCUGUAGGGGCAUAUGCAUUAUGUAGCUGUGUGGAUACGAUGAGGGGCAGCACCAUUUGAAAGUUAGGGAUAUUUCGAAUAGGACUUCUUAAUUGUACAAGAGCCCAACCUCCCACACUAUUGCAGUCAGAUUGAGACGUAGGACCUCAU